CAACACAAGAGGGCGUCCUAAUUCAAGCAGAUUUCUCACUGAUUUGUGUUUUGGUUUCCUUCGCAGUAAUUACUCAGUUUCCUUCCUUUUCUCCUCAGUUUCGACGUCGUUAAGUUUUGCUGCUAUCGAUGAACACGACGGACGUUUAAAGGAUGAGUCAUUGGUGACCAGUUUCACCGAGCGUUUAAGCACGGAUACAAAUUCUUUGGUGGUGUAGGGGGACCGUCCAGGAAUGGCAUACUCACAGUCAGCGUUUCACACCAUCUCGCAGCUGACGGAUUAUCUUCUACUCAGCAGCGCUCAUGCGGCCAGCAGCCCAACGCACCUGCACGUGCGGGGGGUCACGCACGUGGUCAACGUGACCCUCCACGCGCAGUGUCCCAUGCCCAACUACCCAAAGGAAAUAGCCGCGACCCGCAUCCCCAUAGACGACGUGCCCACGGCUGGGCUGUACAACUUCUUCGACCGAGUGGCCGACCUCAUCCACGACGUCAAGCGCAAGGGUGGCCGGGUCCUGGUGCACUGCUUCGCCGGCCGCAGCCGCUCGGCCACUCUCUGCAUCGCCUACCUCAUGAAGUACAGCCGCAUGACGCUCCGCCAGGCCCACGCUUUUGUCAAGGCCCGGCGGCCGCUCAUCCGCCCCAAUCCGGGCUUCUGGAAGCAGAUGAUCGCCUACGAGAAAAUGCUCUUCGGCCGCAACAGCGUCCGGAUGGUGAAUUCCAAGUUUGGAUUGAUACCGGAUGUGUACGAGGCAGAGUACAAGAACAUGGUGUGGUGAUUGAAAAGACUGUCCAGAAGUGCAUCAUACGCAUUUCCGAUGCCUAUGAACAUGGAACAUGCAACAAAUUCUUGACGGUGUUGCUUUCUCGAUAGCACGUAGUCAGGACUCUGUUUCGUCACUGAUCUCAUAGUGAAAAUAUCUGGAUGACUUGGUGGCCACUCCCACAUCCCGACCUGCACAAACGAGUGAAGCUGACGGGCUGGUUCCCAAUCACCCCAUUGGAAUAUUUCAUACAUCCCACAUUUAUACUCCCUUAAGUUGGAAGUCUUUUGUGAAUGGCGUAAGAAUAAGGUUCAUCCACAUUUUUUGGCAUGAAGCUGAGCUGAGUGUUUCAGGGAAUAGCAGAGCAGUGCCUUCACAAUUUCCUACAUUAUCGAAACAUGUCUUGUCACACGUGUACACAAAAACCAGGAAAUUUAACAGACAAGAUUUAAGUAGACCUGCGUCCAUACAUCUAAGUAGUAGCCAAGUAGUAACUUUUGACGCGACUAACUAUUCAAGGAAGGUACGCAUAUCUUGACAGCAAUUAGUCGAUCUGCAUGAUCGGAUCAUCUUGUGUGAUCUGUUGAUCUUAUUGCAUUAAUCUGCUGUUAAUUCUGCCAAGUGACUUUUCUUUUUAAUUUGUAGUUUUGGAAGACUGUUUGGAAAAGGAAGUAAAGUUGGGAAUUUCAUACAAGAUGGGCUGAGAGUGCAUUGCGAUUGCGCCCAGUGCGUGUACUAGUUGCCUGACAGUGUCAUAUAUUAGAGUUCACAUUUGAAAGUUAAUACAUUUUUAAUUGAGUGGCUUAAUAUAUUGAAUAGCUGCUAGAUUGUAUUCAUGUUUUAGUUAUUGUUACCAAGCAAGAACAAAGAAAAGACAGUAUUCUGUUGCAAACCCAUUGCUACUCUCACAUCAGUAUUGCACCCACUGAGAAUGCUUCCUUUCCUACAUCCUCCAACAUCUGCUGAAGAUGUUUUGGAAGAUUUUGUAGGAUUGACGAUAGGGCAUCCUAAUCAGUUACUUUACACACGUGCACAUGAUUCUUGGUGCUCCUUUUUAAAGUUCAAAAGUUUUUGGCAGGGCGUAGGAUUUUGAAGAGAUUCAGGAAGGUUGCCGGCAUGCAUGACGGGGGGGCUUGGGUUAAAUUCAAGGGCCCAUUUACACGCGCAAGGCGGAAAUGCAUUCGGUGGGCAAAUCCUAUGUUAACGAUUCGCCUUAAGAGCAGAAUUCGAGGCAUGAUGGAGGUCAAAGGCACGCCCACACUUGUUCCAAGUCUCCAAGCCAGUCAGGGGCGUCAUACCUGACAACACUGCUGAUUGGCCAGAACGUACGGAAGUCUUGGCACGGUAUCUUUAUCAAAUCGCCCAAGCUUCUGAGCUUGGCAGUUUGUCACUUAUCCAGGCAGCGUGCUCUCUCUCUUUGGAAUCAGUCCCAGAGGAAAUCAUUGCACGAGAUGCUAGCAUUUCGUGGCAUUCCGUCACUCCUCGUCUGUGUAAAUGAGCCCUUAUGGUAAGCCUUUGCUUCAUGUGUGAAUACAGCGCGAUUUGUCAAUGUGGAUGCCUUGAUGCCCGAAAAAAAAAAAAUCAAAGCGAUGACUGCUGUGAUGGCUGUGAAUAAGCUGGCAGCAAAAACACACUGACUCAACUGUGUGUGGAAUUUCAUGAAAGUUUAUUUUUCUAACAUGUAGGUUGUACAUACACAUCAGUGUAUUUAUUCAUUUAUGGUUUGUUCCUAUUACUGCUUUUGUGUUUGGCAUUUUAAACUCUUUUAACACUGGGUUCAUGUACUCAUGUGUCGAUCAAGUCUUUGCCUGUCAUUCCGUCACGUCACGAGCCAUUCAGGCGAACUGUAACAAACGGUUCCUCCACUGUGACCGGAGAACGGACAAAGGACUCGACUUGUGGGUGCUUUAUGGUUUGACUUGACUAUCAUGUAUUGUUAUUGACCGCAGCUCAACGAGCAUAUAUCCUUUGUUAUGAGGCUUCAAGUUCUGUUUAUCGCUCAGGGUAAGAAGACAACCAAAAUUACUGUCACAGAGCAAAUUCCAUAGUUGACGCUUUGCGAUGAAGAUUAACCCCUUCAUAGCCAGAGCCGUCCACAGUCGUGGCUUUGUGUGAGGAUUAGUGCAUACCACACAUACAGUCUAUUCACCAUGCAGCUGCUGGUUCAAUGGGGCCUGCU